UGUGUGUUAGUUUUUUUUUCUCGUCUCGUUUUUACAUGUCAAACGGCGUUCGCGUUAGUCAUCGCCAAACAAUUUGUGUGUGUAUAUUGCAUUUGUACAAAACUCUGUGAAUUUUGAAGUGAAAUUUAUAAACAAAAAGAAAAGUUCAAUUGACAAAUAUAAUGGGCUCGAUUGGUGAUUUUGGAACGCUAUCGUUGAAAUGGGAUCCAAAAAAUUUGGAAAUUCGUACAAUGUCGGUGGAAAAAACACUUGAGCCACUUGUAUUGCAAGUUACAACGCUGGUCAAUACAAAAGGCCCCAGCAAAAAGAAGAAAGGAAAAUCAAAGCGUGCAAGUGUAUUAGUGUUGGCUGUGGAAAAAGCGACUGAAAAUUUUAUUGAACGCGGCGAACAAAUUGCAAAUGAAAAUCCGGAUAUUAAACAAGAGAUGCUUACGGCCGUUGAUGAGGUGCGUAAAACCGGUGAUAUCAUGCGAACAGCUGCACGUGAAUUUUCCGAAGAUCCAUGCAGUUCAUUGAGACGUGGUAAUAUGGUACGCGCUGCCCGUAAUCUUUUAUCAGCUGUAACACGUUUACUUGUUUUGGCCGAUAUGGUCGAUGUGCAUCUUCUGUUGAAAUCAUUGCAUGUCGUUCAAGAUGAUUUGAACAAAUUACGAAAUGCAUCCAGCCAAGAUGAGCUAUUAAAUAACAUGCGACAAUUUGGACGAAAUGCCAACGAAUUGAUAAAGCAGGCGGCAAAACGACAACAAGAAUUGAAAGAUCCACAAUUACGUGAUGAUUUGGCUGCGGCACGUGCUGUUCUAAAAAAACAUUCAACAAUGUUGUUAACAGCAUCCAAGGUAUAUGUUCGUCAUCCGGAAUUGGAUUUGGCCAAAAUUAAUCGUGAUCAAGUAUUGAGACAAGUGUGCGAGGCUGUCAAUACAAUAAGUGAUGUUGCACAGGGCAAAUCAAGCCAACCGAUCGAUAUGUACAGCGGUGCCGGUGAGCUCGCUGCUGCUUUGGACGAUUUUGAUGAGGGAAUCAAUAUGGACCCAUUGGCAUACAAUGAAGUUCGUUCUCGUCCAUCGCUUGAAGAACGUUUGGAAAGCAUUAUAAGUGCCGCUGCAUUGAUGGCUGACGCGGAUUGCACACGAGAUGAACGCCGUGAACGAAUUGUUGCCGAAUGUAAUGCAGUGCGUCAAGCAUUGCAAGAUCUUCUAUCGGCAUACAUGUCGAAUAUGGGUCAAAAGGAAAAGAGUUCAACAUUGGACAUGGCAAUAAAUCAGAUGUGUCAGAAGACUCGCGAUUUGCGUCGUCAAUUGCGCAAAGCUGUAGUUGAUCAUGUUUCCGAUUCAUUUUUGGAAACGACAACACCACUAUUCGAUCUAAUUGAGGCGGCUAAAGAUGGAAAAAUUGAGAAGGUUGAAGAGCGUGCUGUUGCAUUUACAAAGCAUGCGGAAAAAUUGAUUGAAGUUGCCAAUUUGGUUUGCAGCAUGUCAAAUAACGAAGAUGGCGUUAAAAUGGUACGAUAUGCAGCCGCACAAAUUGAAAAUCUUUGCCCGCAAGUAAUAAAUGCUGCUAUGAUAUUGGCAACACGGCAUACAUCAAAAGUUACACAAGAGAAUAUGGAAGCUUAUCGACAAGCAUGGGAAAAUCAAGUGCGUAUAUUAACGGAAGCCGUUGAUGACAUUACAACAAUUGAUGAUUUCUUGGCCGUGUCGGAGAAUCACAUUUUGGAAGAUGCCAAAAAAUGCAUGUUUGCAUUGCAAGAAGGUGAUGCACAAGAAUUGCGCAACACGGCCGGAGCCAUUCAAGGGCGAUCACAACGCGUUUGUAACGUUGUUGAAGCUGAAAUGGACAAUUAUGAACCAUGCAUUUACACAAAACGUGUUCUUGAAGCAGUUAAAGUUUUACGUGAACAAGUUAUGUCGAAAUUCGCUCAGCGCGUUGACAUUGCAGUGGAUGCUUUGUCAUCGAACCCACCGAAAGAUGUUGACGACAAUGAUUUCAUCGAUGCAUCGCGUUUAGUUUACGAUGGUGUUCGUGAAAUUCGACGAGCUGUGCUUAUGAAUCGGAAUUCCGAAGACUUGGACACCGACACUGAAUUCGAACCGGUUGAAGAUCAAACCAUGGAAACACGUAGCCGAUCAAGCGUUCACACCGGUGAAGGAACUGUUGAUGAAUAUCCAGAUAUUAGUGGCAUUACCACAGCUCGGGAAGCUAUGCGUAAAAUGACAGAAGAAGAUAAACAGAAAAUUGCUCAACAGGUUGAAUUAUUCCGAAAGGAAAAGAUGACAUUCGAUUCAGAGGUUGCUAAAUGGGACGAUAACGGCAAUGACAUUAUCUUCUUGGCCAAGCACAUGUGCAUGAUAAUGAUGGAAAUGACAGAUUUUACUCGUGGUCGAGGUCCAUUAAAAACUACAAUGGAUGUCAUUAAUGCAGCCAAGAAGAUUUCUGAAGCCGGUAAUAAAUUGGAUAAACUAACACGUGAAAUUGCCGACCAAUGCCCUGAGAGCAGUACAAAGAAAGAUUUAUUGGCAUAUUUGCAACGUAUUGCAUUGUAUUGCCAUCAAAUUCAAAUCACAUCGAAAGUCAAAGCUGAUGUGCAAAAUAUUAGCGGUGAAUUGAUUGUGUCUGGCUUGGACAGUGCCACCUCGUUGAUUCAAGCGGCCAAGAAUUUGAUGAAUGCUGUUGUAUUAACAGUUAAAUAUUCAUAUGUUGCAUCCACCAAGUACACCAGACAAGGAGUGGUUACGAAAAAAUCGCCGAUCGUUGUAUGGAAAAUGAAAGCGCCCGAAAAGAAGCCACUUGUACGCCCAGAAAAACCGGAAGAGGUUCGAGCCAAAGUAAGGAAAGGAUCUCAGAAAAAAGUGCAAAAUCCAAUCCAUGCCCUCUCCGAAUUCCAGAGUCCAAACGAUGCAGUUUAAGCUGUUACAUUUUAACAUGAGCGUUUUCUUCCUCAACCUCCAAUCCGUUUUCUAUUUUACCUCUUUUUUUACCAAGAAAAAAAGACAUUUAAUUUUCCCUCUUCACGCAAAGGAUAUAUUCCGUUCAUAAUUCAUAAUCGAUAAAUGAUGUGAAAUAAAUCUUAUGUUAAGAAUGAAUCUGUAAGCAUUGCCAAAAUUUAUCAUUUUUUUUUUUCAAUUGAACAAUUUUUGUUCAUACACUGAAAUAAUUUAUCAAAUAUUUAAUAGAAAUGCAAUCGAUUAAGAGUAGACAGAAGGAAAUCUCUUCUAGCAAUUUUGCUCAUUUCAAUGAAACGAAUACAAUCAUGAAACAGAAGUUGAUCACAUUACCUUUUUUUUUGUCCGAACUGGUAUUAUUAGAUUUUGGCGUAAGAGUAUAUUCACAAGAUGGUGAAAUUAAAGCAUAUUCAAAAAGCAAAUUCAUUUUUUUGCUUAACAUAGAGUAGAUUGUCUGAAACAUUUAACACCAUAAGAGGAGUUAAUUAAAUUCUUUAUUUCAUCCAUUUGCGAAUUAAUGAUUUUUUUUAGUAUUGUGACAGAAAGAAAAAGUAGCGUAAACAUAAACAAGAAAUUCUGAGUAUUUUUUCCUCUUCUUUUUUUACAUACUAUUAUACAGUUAAAUUAGGAUAGGAUAUUGGAUUUUACACCGAUUCGAUUGAAAUGAAAACGAAAAUGACAAAAAAAAACACUGUGUGAAGAGUCCCAACAAAUUUAUUUAUUUGCUUUAUUUUACAAGACAAACAUAGUAAAUGAACAGUAUUGCAACGAAUACGAUGAUAAUCGAUUAAUUUUUAUAUCGAACUUUUUUCAAUGUUUUAACAACAACAAAAAGACAAAAAUAUUAGCGAUAAACAAUGAACAUGCAUUCCCUCAAUUCAGCAUUUAAUACAAAUUCACGUAUUAACGAAGAACAAAACGAAAAAAAAAUAAUGAACGAAAGAAUUAUAAUAGACGAAGGAGCGAGAGAGGAAAUUUUUAAGGAAUUUAAUGCGGCACACAAGUAAUAAUUCGAUGCGUAUUGAACGUCCAUACAGCCAGAAAAUUUGCAGCAGCUAUUGAGCUCUUUGUCAGCUCAUUUCGUAAUAAAUAUUGAAUUGAUAUUAUAAAAAUAAUAUAAAUAUUGCCAAAUAUAUAUUUAAAAGGGUAAUGACAUGAAAUUAGGAAAUUCAGAGAGGCACCGUUCUUAUUUAGUCGAUGUCUUUUGGUAUUUUAUCUUCGCACAAAGUACAUCCCAUUAAAUUCCCCGAACUAAUUAUUACAAACUCCACAAACCAUGAAUUGAAACUAAUAAAAAAAAAUAGUAAAUACAUAUUAAUAGCCAUUUUUGCCAAAUCGUCGGACUUAAUAAGACACGUGUCUCUCUAGAAGAUCAUUCACAUGAAACAAACUAGAAAAAAAAUUCAAAAAGAUAUUCAACGAUUUGAAAAUAAUAAAAAAAAAAUUCGUAUACAUGUAUAUUAUAUUUUGUUUGUUUCAAAUCACAAAGACAAUGAAGAUGGUUGGUCUUAUGAUAGUUUGCAUGACAGAAUGCAAAUUAUGUUUGCACUACCGUUAAUAAUAUUUAUAGAGAAAAAAAAUGUGUCGAAUGAAUUAAAUAUUUGGAAUGCAAAUCUAUUGACAAUGAAAGAAUUAUAUUUAAUUGAAGAAAAAUAAUUAAAUAUUAUUAGUUGUUAGAGAGGUAAAAUGAUAUGGUAAAAAAAAAAUAACUU